UUGACGAAAUCGACUGCAGCCCCACAGCCUGCCGAGAGCCGAAAAGAAAUUUACACUUAAAUAAAGCUGGCAUUCCUGGUUAAUUAAGUGCAUUAUAGCAGUCAGAGCUGUAGCUAUAUAUUAUCUCUGAGAAGAUUGACAUAACAAGAAAAUCUGCGCUUUUUCUAAGUACUUCCUCCAGGUGCACUGUCCUCCUCCCUGCUGCUUACUCUUGUGUGUGGCCAUGGGCCAGUGCCAACACACCUCAAGUGCCCCAUUCUUGCUGCUUCUUCUCUUUUGUGUUGCACAACAUCUCACUGUCGCCAGCCCUGUGGUCAAUGAGAGAGAAGGUAGUGGUUCCAGCAAUGCAACAUCUUCUCCAGGUGCCCCCCAGCCGAGUGUGGUUCAAACAAAAAAGGAACCAACGGUUGAGCAGGGUGAAGUAGGGGCCCCUCAGACACCCUCAGAGGAAGAAGAUGAGCUAUUUAAAGAUGUAGAUCCCAAAACUCUAGCUGCAGUCCUCUUGGAAGCCCUUAACCACCAAGGGGAUGAGAAGAAAAUCAGUAGAGAGAGUGAAAAGGAGGAGGUAGAGAAGGGUGAGGAAGAGAAGGAAAUCCAGGGGGCAGACAGGGACCGGGAUGGACGCCAAGAGCUGGAGCUUGUGAUGGCUGCUGCAGUAGCACAGGACAAAGAGAAUCAAGAAAGAGAAAAUGAGAGGAAGAAAGAGGAGGAACGGCUGACUGAGAAGGUUAAGAGCCGAACAACCAGUCAGACCAUGCCAGUGAAAAGCCAACCAGAGCAGGAGGUGAUAAAAGAGGAAAAGGAGAAAGAGGAGGAAGAGCAAUUAAGUCCACAAGAAGUAAAGAAUCUGCAGACCAUGCUGGAGGAGCUACAGCACUACAGCACAGCCAACAAGAGAGAGUGGGAUUUAGCAGGCCAUAGGGAGAGUCGCGGAUCAUAUACAGGCAUGGAUCAAGAAUUUCUGGACAAUGAGAUCAACCCAAAGCCAAAGGGGUACAAGCUAGCUCUGUCAAAGAAGAAGCUAAAAUGGCAGGAAGAGCAAAAAAAGAAAAAACAACCCUUGUUCAGAGGUGGUAACUUUAUGGAUGACUUUGACACUAAUAGCCAGGAAGAAGACGAUGAUGACAACAAAGAUCAAGAGGAGGAAAUGUUGAGCCCUGAGGAGGAGGAGGCAAGGGCUAAGGCUGAGCAAGAGGAGGUAAGGAGGCAAGCUGCAGAAGCACAAAGAGCAAAGGCUGAAGAGGAGAAAUUGGCUGACAUCGCAUCUGACAUGCUGCUGCAGUACAUGAUCAAGCCGGAUGGGAAGCAGAACCAGGUUCAGACUAAGAAAGUGUCUCUGGGGAACAAUGUGGAAGAAGAUAAGCGCUCAGAUGAGGAGGAUGACACCAAUGAUGAGGAUGACAUUGAUCCCCAGACUAUUGACAAGCUGAUAGAGAUUUCCAGCAAGCUGCACCUGCCUGCUGAUGAUGUUGUUGACAUCAUCAGUGAUGUGGAAAAAAAGAAGAGAAAGGACACCCCUGAAAACCUGCCCUGGCACAGACCUCUGGCUUCUCCACCUGCCCCUGCCCCUGCUCCAAUAAACACCCAACCUAAGCAACCGACUCAGCUAAGCAGACCUUCUAAGACAUGGUUCCAGGACAAAACACUAGUCAAGCAGAACAAGCAAGAUCUUUGGCCCAAGCCUCAAAAGCAGUUUUGGACCUACCCUGCCUAUCCAUUUUAUCAAAAGCCCUACCCUGGUUAUUACCCCAUCUAUUUCCCACCUCCUAAACCCAAACCUCGCUACUAUACAAAGCCCACACUCUCUUUCAGUAAUCUAUUUGGAAACACUAUGGAUUACGACUUUGACUUUUCCCCUAAGCGAAGGCUACGACCCUGGAACCAGCCAGCUUUUAGACAAAACCUCUAUGUACCCAAUUAUAUCCUCCCAAAUCCCCGGACAUUCAAGCCAGUGCCCGUGCCCAUGCCGAAGCCUCGCUCACCUCCUCGCCGUCACCCAUCCUUCUACUACCCCCCAGCAGCUCCCUUGAUUCCUCGAGAUGAAGACUACUUCACUCCAAUGGGGCAGCAGCCUAACAGUGAUCAAGACCUGGAGAACUUCAUUGAGAAGGUCUUCUUGAAGCGUCCCAGACUCUUUCAGUGAAGACCAAUAAGGCAGGGAUGGUGGCAUGAAGAACAGAGAAAGGAAGUCACUGAGAGAGAAGCAUGGAAAGACAGCAUUUCUGUUUUCUCCAUUUUGAUUUUUCAGAACAAGGAGAACUCUGCUACCCCCUGUCCACUUUUUGACUUGGUCAGAGAGUGUAGGAUGUGCAAGUUCCUUUAGUGGAGUCCUGAGCGCUAUGAUUACAUCAGAGAGCAUAGGGUGCGCAAGUUCUUUAAGUGGCAUUUUGGACCGUUUGCCCCUGAAUUAUUUCAAGUGAAAGUGAGGAGCCAAAACAUAAUAGCCACCCCCACUUAUCACAAUCCACCUCCACUCAUUUAAAGAUGUGAAGAUUUGAAAAAGGGAACGCAACACGUACAAGUAACUAGAUUAGUCAGAUAAAACCACCCCCAAAAUCUAAAUUCCCUAGAACUUGUGUUUUAGUUUUUUUAGUAGCAGACUUUAUACAAAAUACAAAUAUAGAAAUACGAUUCCCAAAAUGCAAACUUUGUGCUGCAUAUCUAAAAUUCAGACACUAAACCCCCACAGCAGACCACACUCCUCUGGCUAUUAAGGACAGGGUCAGCAGCAAGCCGCACUUGUUUCCCCUCGUAAAGCAGCAGACGCCCGUAGUAUAGAUCUGUAGCUGACCUUUAACCCUCAGGUAUUACGAUCUGAUUUUAGAAGUAAAAUUGUAUUAUUAAUAAAAAUGUGAAGAUUUCGAAAAAUGACAGUGUUAACAUUUCAUUUUGUCUGUGGGGGCAAAAAUAAAAUUUUAUUAUACAUACAGUCAGAGAACUCAGUACUGAAGCAAAAGUAGUCAUGGUGCCAUACUGUUCAAUGAAUGAGUAUAAAUAUGCAGCUUUUACCAUAGUCUAGCUGUUAUACUUAAUACUGUUGCAUUUCCUCUCAUAUACUGUUCAUAUGAACACAUUACUUAAUUAGUCUGGUUAAAUUUAAUGAGAGCAUUGCAAGACUCAUUGAAUACACAGAACAUGUGAGGAAUGGUUAGUUAUAGGUCAACUGUUAUGAAGAGCGUUGACACAUUGCCUUAUCAACAUCCUUUUCCCUGCUGCUACUCACUUCUCACCCAGUGGGGUUUACCUUACUUCUGGUGACAAAAGUUUAAAGACUUGUUGCUAUCUUCAGUUUUCAGAAACAUUCCUAUCUCCUUUGACCCAGCCUCAUAUGCCUUCGUAUCAGUCCUUUGCCACUUGAAACUUUCUGCAGUGCCCACAAGUAAAUAAUCAAGGCGCCAUUUACCACCACUAAUUGAAAAACAGCAUGGUCUGGUCACACAGAUCAUUUAUGGGAAUUCUAUUUCUUUUGAGCAGACGUGAAUGUGAUAAACUGUCGACACAAGGUGUGAUUCAUAGUGUCCUCUUGCUGCAGUUAAUUGAAUCUGGAAUCAUUUCAAUCCCACAAGAGACCAUAAGCAUUGAUGGAGAGAGACAAAAAACAAACAAUCUUUUUCCCAUCCACCAGCUCUGUUGCUGAAGAGCCCCAACCUGGGUUCUCCAGCAGCACUAUCGGCAGCAUGAAGGAAGGUGUAAAUAUAUGGGUGGACAAUGGUGCAUUCCUCGUUUGAGAGCUCUUUCUAUGAGAGGAAAAAACAGUAUCGUGAAAGGACAGCAAGAAGAAGUCAAAAAAGUUGAGUCUGCACGUCUUUGUGUACUUGCAUCUCUUAAAGUGUUGCUUAUUUGAAGACAUUAUGAGCAUUUAAAAAAAAAAGGAAAAAAAAAUGACUGACUAGCGUACUUGAGUAAAUCUGUUGUCUUGUAAAAAGAAACUGUUGUUGAUGCAAUUUCUAGAUGUACGUUGUACUUACAGUAAUAAACAUGCGUUUGCUGGAUGUAAA